GCUCGCUUGAUUAGGCAACGCGCGCGCCACCAUUCCGAUUCUCCAUCGCUCGCGCGCGCUCGCUACCUCAAAAACAAAAAUAUUGUGAAGUGCUCGUGACAUACAUUCAGUGAUUUUAAAGUUUUUGGAUUAUUUUAAAUUAAAAAAGUUUGGAACAAUGACAGCAGGCAGUGAAGAGCAUGAGCCCCUGAUUUCAUCUUCAGCAGAACAUCAGCGGGUCACCUACAAUGCCUCGCCACAGGAAUCCAACACACCAGAGCCUCGAAUGAGCGGAGGAGAAGUGACCCUGGCCAUCCCACAGCGCAACUAUGGAGCCAUCGGCGGCUUGGAAAAGGUCACCUACACCUGGGCGGACAUCAACGCCUUCGCCACAGAAAACAGGUCCAGGAGCAGAAGGUUCUGGAACUUCUGGAAGGGGUCUACUGACCGUAUGUUCCAGCAGAGGAAACAGUUAUUGAAGAAUGUAAAUGGCGCCGCAUACCCUGGCGAGCUUCUUGCUCUCAUGGGUUCUUCAGGCGCGGGCAAAACCACACUCCUGAAUACACUGACCUUCCGUACUAAUGGUGGAGUGGUCUCCAGUGGAACUAGAGCUUUGAAUGGGCAGCCAGCUACACCUGAAGCGCUGACGGCGCUGUCAGCAUAUGUGCAGCAACAGGAUCUGUUUAUUGGGACGUUGACUGUCAGAGAACAUCUAGUCUUUCAGGCUUUAGUACGAAUGGAUCGCCACAUACCAUAUGCGCAGCGGAUGCGCAGAGUAGGAGAAGUCAUUCAAGAGUUAGUCUUAUCAAAAUGCCAGAACACCGUGAUCGGCAUACCAGGGCGCUUAAAGGGCAUAUCAGGAGGCGAGAUGAAACGACUGUCCUUCGCCAGUGAGGUCCUUACGGAUCCGCCGCUAAUGUUCUGCGACGAACCAACCUCCGGCCUGGAUUCUUUCAUGGCUCAGAAUGUCAUACAGGUAUUAAAGGGACUGGCACAGAAAGGAAAGACAGUGGUGUGUACGAUACACCAGCCGUCUUCGGAGUUAUACGCCAUGUUCGACAAGUUGCUCAUCAUGGCCGAUGGACGGGUCGCGUUCCUUGGCUCACCAGACCAGGCUACAGACUUCUUUAAGGAGUUAGGAGCAGCCUGUCCAGCCAACUACAACCCCGCAGACCAUUUCAUCCAAAUCCUGGCGGGAGUGCCAGGGAGGGAAGAGGCGACCCGACACACUGUGGACACAGUGUGCACGGCGUUCGCCAAGUCUGAACUAGGGUGCCAAAUAGCUGCUGAGGCUGAAAAUGCAUUGUUGCAUCAGCGCAAAAUUACCUCCGGCUGGACGGACUCAGCAUGGUCAACACCAAGUUUGCGCUCGCGCCGCUCUCCAUACAAAGUGUCAUGGUGGGCGCAGUUCAGGGCUGUUCUUUGGCGAUCCUGGCUUUCAGUUACUAAGGAACCCAUGCUUAUCAAAGUGAGGUUUCUACAGACCAUUAUGGUGUCCAUACUGAUAGGUGUGAUCUACUUCGGCCAAAAUUUGGACCAGGAUGGUGUCAUGAAUAUCAAUGGAGCCAUUUUCAUGUUCCUCACUAACAUGACCUUCCAGAACAUCUUCGCUGUCAUCAAUGUAUUCUGCUCUGAACUUCCAAUCUUCAUCCGGGAACACCACAACGGCAUGUACCGAGCCGACGUUUACUUCCUAUCGAAGACUUUGGCCGAAGCACCAGUGUUUGCGACGAUACCUUUGGUUUUCACCACCAUCGCGUAUUAUAUGAUCGGGUUGAACCCGGCGCCAGAACGAUUCUUUAUAGCGUCAGGAUUGGCGGCGCUUAUUACCAACGUUGCGACGUCGUUUGGUUACCUGAUCUCGUGUGCAAGCAGCAGCGUAAGCAUGGCUGCGUCGGUGGGGCCUCCGAUCAUCAUCCCUUUCAUGCUGUUUGGAGGGUUCUUCCUCAACUCAGGGUCAGUGCCUCCGUACCUUGGCUGGAUAUCCUACCUGUCCUGGUUUAGAUAUGGCAACGAGGCGCUCCUGGUCAACCAGUGGGCCGGCGUGGAAACCAUCGCGUGCACGAGGGAAAACUUCACGUGUCCGGCUUCGGGCGAAGUUGUAUUGGAGACGCUCAGUUUUUCAGAGGACGACUUCACAUUCGACGUGGUCAAUAUGGUGCUUCUAUUCAUCGGGUUCCGUCUGCUCGCCUACAUCGCUCUUCUUAUACGAGCCAGAAGAACGAAGUAAAGUCACACAAUACGUUCAGGCUGUAGAAUUUGCCAAUUAUUUAAGAACUAGUAAAGAAUUAGAAAUAAGGUCAUUUUAGUUAAGGGCAAGAUUUUGAACGGGGAAUGUUUAUUUAAAAAUUGCUUGAGUUACUCGAUCUGAAUAAAUAAACCAUAGAACGUUCAAAGGACAAGACGGAACAACUUAGUUCCGUAGAUCCUUCCGUCACCAGCACACCCCACCUCGUUCAGCUCUGGCAGCCUUACUCACCGGCAGGAACACAACACUAUGAGUAGGGUCUAGUGCUAAUUGGCUGCGGUCUAUAUUCGGUCGGUAUUUUUUGGUUAGGAAUGAUUGAUUAUGGAAGGCAAAUUUGGUCUUUACCCAGCAGUGAGACAACAAUAGACUAGUAAACAAACUAACUGACUAGGUACAGUAAACGGUCAUAAAGAAUGAACAUCUGUUUUUCGUCUUCGUAGAACGUUGUCUCUUUCUUGCUUAUGUGACGUUCUUUGUCUCUUUCCAAACACCGAUGAGCAUUCUACGGUAUUUUUUUGUGUUUCAGUAAAAUUAUCAAAAUAUUAAUUUUUAUACACAAUAGAAUCAUAACAGGGAUUUUUUUAUUUAUACAAAACAAAUAUAUAAUAUAAAUACUUUUUAAAGGUGAAUUAAUAUAUUUGUGUUAGGUACUUUAUUUUAUAGUAAGUAGGUACGUAUCUGCUAAAUACCUCUACAGAUACAUUAUAAUAAUUGCAAGGAUAAUUCAUUGAUAUUUACUAAAGCUGUUUAAAAAAACUCAAUUUUUGUUUAAAAUUUUGCACACCAGUAUUUUUGUGUAGGUUUUAUAUGACUUAAUUAUAUUGCGUAAGAUUUUGUACUUGUUUUCAUUUGUGUAUUUAAGAAAGAGUGUGUAUAUUUGUUAUAAAUAUUUGUAUUAAAGUUUUUCAUGAAGAA